AUGACAUGUGUGACAAGUGACGUGAAUGACGUGGAUCUUGAAAUGUGUGCAGUGCAAAAUGUUUUAAUAGUUUAAGUUAAAUUAAAACAAAAAAAAAAUAGUAUUUUGUAUUUAUAACUCUUCGCCAGAAACGCCUUAAAGAUGGCAACGUACGAAGAAUAUAUCCAACAAAACGAAGACCGAGAUGGCGUUCGUUUUACGUGGAACGUGUGGCCAUCCAGUCGAAUUGAAGCAACCCGUCUGGUAGUCCCCCUUGGGUGUCUUUAUCAGCCAAUUAAGGAGCGCCAAGAUUUACCCCCCAUUCAGUACGAUCCCGUCCUAUGCACCAAAAAUAAUUGCCGUGCAAUUCUUAAUCCUCUUUGUCAAGUAGAUUACCGAGCAAAACUCUGGGUUUGCAACUUCUGUUUUCAGAGGAAUCCAUUCCCGCCGCAAUAUGCCGCCAUCUCCGAACAACACCAACCCGCCGAGCUCAUGCCCAUGUUUUCGACCAUUGAAUACACCAUCACAAGAGCCCAGUGCCUCCCACCCAUCUAUUUACUCGUGGUAGACACAUGCAUGGACGACGAAGAACUGGGAGCCCUCAAAGACUCACUCCAAAUGUCUCUAAGUCUCCUCCCACCUAACGCCCUCAUAGGUUUGAUCACUUUCGGGAAAAUGGUCCAAGUGCACGAGCUUGGUACUGACGGCUGUAGCAAAUCGUACGUGUUUCGCGGAACCAAAGAUCUGACUGCUAAGCAAAUACAGGAGAUGUUAGGUAUUGGAAAAGUGGCUGUUCAGCAGCCGCAGCAGCAGCAAAUGAGGGCCCCUCAGCAGCCGCAAGCUCCUAUUCCUCCAGCGAGUCGAUUUUUGCAGCCCAUUUCCAAGUGUGAUAUGAGUUUGACUGAUUUGAUUGGUGAGCUGCAAAGAGAUCCAUGGCCUGUUGGUCAGGGAAAAAGAUCCUUGAGAUCUACUGGAGCUGCGCUUUCGAUUGCUAUAGGGUUGUUGGAGUGCAGUUAUGCCAAUACAGGAGCUAGAGUGAUGAUGUUUUUGGGAGGACCGUGCUCUCAAGGACCUGGUCAGGUGCUUAAUGAUGAUCUUAAGCAACCAAUUAGGUCACAUCAUGAUAUUCACAAAGACAACGCUAAAUAUAUGAAGAAAGCAAUUAAGCACUAUGAAGCCUUAGCUAUGAGGGCUGCCACCAACGGACACUGCGUGGAUAUCUAUUCAUGUGCGUUAGAUCAGACAGGCCUUAUGGAAAUGAAGCAGUGUUGUAAUUCCACUGGUGGCCAUAUGGUUAUGGGUGACUCUUUUAACUCAUCUCUGUUCAAACAGACAUUCCAGAGGGUGUUUGUCAGGGAUACAAAAAACGAAUUAAAGAUGGCCUUUAAUGCGACGCUAGAAGUUAAAUGCUCUAGAGAACUUAAAAUUCAAGGGGGUAUUGGUUCUUGCGUUUCUUUGAACGUCAAGAGUCCGUUAGUAUCGGAUACUGAAAUUGGUAUGGGCAAUACGGUUCAAUGGAAAAUGUGUACGUUGACUCCUAGCGCAACCAUCGCUUUAUUCUUUGAAGUGGUGAAUCAGCAUUCUGCUCCUAUUCCGCAGGGUGGAAGGGGCUGUAUCCAGUUUAUCACACAGUAUCAGCACGCUAGUGGUCAAAGACGAAUCCGCGUGACGACCAUUGCCAGGAACUGGGCAGACGCCACCGCCAACAUCCAUCACAUCAGUGCCGGCUUCGACCAAGAAGCAGCUGCAGUCCUAAUGGCUCGCAUGGCUGUAUAUCGUGCAGAAACUGACGACAGUCCAGAUGUUCUCAGAUGGGUAGACAGAAUGUUAAUUCGAUUGUGCCAGAAAUUUGGCGAAUACAAUAAAGACGACCCCAAUAGCUUCCGACUUAGCGAAAAUUUCAGCCUCUACCCACAAUUCAUGUACCAUUUGCGCCGCUCCCAGUUCUUGCAAGUGUUUAACAACUCACCCGAUGAAACUUCGUUCUACAGACAUAUGUUGAUGAGAGAGGACUUAACUCAGUCGUUGAUAAUGAUCCAGCCGAUUUUGUACAGUUAUAGCUUCAACGGUCCUCCAGAGCCGGUUUUGCUUGAUACGAGCUCAAUUCAACCUGACAGAAUUUUAUUGAUGGACACUUUCUUCCAAAUUUUGAUUUUCCAUGGGGAGACUAUUGCCCAGUGGCGGAACUUGAAAUACCAGGAUAUGCCAGAAUAUGAGAACUUCAGACAGUUGUUGCAAGCUCCGGUGGAUGACGCCCAGGAAAUUCUACAGACGAGGUUCCCGAUGCCUAGAUAUAUUGAUACGGAACAAGGGGGGUCCCAGGCUAGGUUCUUGUUGUCGAAAGUUAACCCGAGUCAGACUCACAACAAUAUGUAUGCGUACGGAGGGGCCAUUCCUAGCACAAAUGCGGACGGAGGUGCCCCAGUUUUGACCGAUGAUGUAUCCCUACAGGUAUUCAUGGACCAUCUCAAGAAACUUGCAGUGUCAUCGACUGCUUAAUUGACUAUAAAAACAGAGUAUAUUUUCAACUAUUUAUUAAGUACAAUAACUGUAACAAAAAUAUAUUUCAACUAAAAUAAAUGUAUGUAGUUUUUGGUUAAGCGUUACAAUGCAAUAAAAAUUAUACUGUA